CCACGGAAGUUUACAUGAACGCAUUGACCGCGGUAUCGUUUGUGUACCCGCUGAAUUCACUCACUUUAUAUGUAGUACAAUGGUGGAGUAUGACUUAUUUCACCAACAAAUAGUGUCUAUAAUGGCACUGCUGUCAGAAACUGCUCGAGAAGAAAUUCAAAAAGUUUUUGACUAUGAAUGUCAUCUUUCCCACACUCAUAUAUGUUGUGACAGAGACGAGUUUUUGGAAUUGAAUGAGAAACAACGCAGAGUGGCAAAGCUCACCGCGGUGAUGGAGACCUUUUCCAAGGUGGCUAUUCAAAAAAUAUGUAAAGUUUUCAGUUGUUGCUUGGCACUUCAGCAGACUCUACUGAGAGAUGUAAAAAGUUACAGUGGAAAUGUUGUAAAAGUUAAAGCACUCAAGAAGAAGCAUUUGGAAAAAGCAGAAAGAAAUUGUAAUCAAAUUGUCAAAGAUGUACCUGCUGUAGCUCCAUCAUUGUUUCCAACACAGCAAAAUUUGCUCACUUUGUUACCUGAAGAAAAUAAACAACCACAAGAAUCUGUUGAAGGCCAUCAGUCUGAAGAGAAGACUCACAUUUCUGAAUUUUUUCCUGAUUCGUCAAGUGCUGCUAAAGAAAAAACAAUGCAAGCAUUUCUAAUAGAAGUUGAAUACUCUGCUGUUACAUCUGGAGAAGACCAGCAAACUGAAGUAAACACACAAGCAGAGCAAAUCACCACAAAGUCCAAGACAACUAAAGAGCCAGUAUCAUUUGACUGUAAUGACUGCGGAAAGACAUUUCGCUGGAGACACUCACUAAAGCAUCACAAAUGUGGACUUUCAAAAGGACCUCACAUAUGUGAACGGUGCGGAAAGAAGUUUAAAUUUGUAACAGGAUUACAGAAACACCUACAAAAUCACAAAGAGAAGAAGGGAACCUGUAAAACUUGUGGGAAAAGCUUUGCAGAUCUUAAAAUGCAUGAACGUGUCCACCUGGAGGUGAAGCCUUUUCUUUGUUCCAUAUGUGGACGCGGCUUUACUGUAAAGGGGACUUUAAUGGAGCACCAGCGGAUUCAUACUGGUGAAAAACCAUACAGCUGUGAGACUUGCGGGAAGCAGUUUGCACAAACACAAAACCUCACCAACCAUCUGUUGGUUCAUAAGACAGAAAAACCAUGGAAGUGCAGCCUCUGUGACAAGACUUUUAAAUCAAAACAUAAUAUGAAGUUGCACCAGAUUGUGCAUACAGGAGAGAAGUCCCAUAUUUGUCAUAUUUGCGGACAGAAGUUUGGACACGGUACAAAUCUCAAAAGGCAUCUGCUUUUGCACAGUGGUGUGAAACGGUACGGCUGUGAAAUUUGUUCCAAGCGGUUUUAUCAGAGUAUAGCUUUAAAGAGACACAUGGCAAUACAUGGAGCUCCGAAGCCAUUCAUGUGUGACAUAUGUGGGAAGAGCUUCGUGUUUAACUUUGCUUUACAGAAGCAUUUACUCACACACAGAAAUAAAACAAAUGGUAAAUCUGGAACUGGGAAGACUUUUCCAUGUGAUAUGUGCGAGAAAAGCUACAGUACCAACGCUCUGCUCAAAAUGCAUCAGAGACUCCAUUCGGAAAAGGAUCCUUAUAUGUGUAAAGUCUGUGGUAAAAGCUACGUCAGCGUGUAUUCAUUAAGAAUACAUGAGAGAUUACAUUUGGGGGUGUCAAUGUGGAAAUGUGACGUGUGCAGUAAGAGUUUUUGUAACAAAUAUGGGUUGAAACUCCACCAGGUUGUUCAUACUAAAGAGAAACCCUAUGAAUGUUCUGUUUGCGGCAAAACAUAUGGACAGCCGCACAGUCUUAAAACGCAUAUCCGCAUACACUCUGGUGAAAAGCCACAUAAGUGCAAAACGUGCGGAAUGAGCUUUCGGUUGCCUGGAAAUUUAAGCCGUCACAAGCGGAUCCACACUGGCGAAAGGCCGUUCAGCUGCGAGGUCUGUGGGAAACGGUUUGUACAACACAACCAUGUGAAGGCACAUAUGCAAAUCCACACUGGUGUGAAACCAUUCACGUGCCAAAAAUGCGGGAAGAAAUAUGCAUACCGUAGAAAUUAUAAUGAUCACAAAUGUGUGCCUCUGUGAAAAAAAGAUGUUUCCCUAAGGCAGGGGUGCUCAGCCCUGCUCCUGGAGAUCUACCUUCUUGCAGAGUUCAGCUCCAACUCUGAUCAAUAACACCUGAACAGUACUUGAUAAUCACAGACAGGGGUGUUUGAUAUGGGUUGCAACUGAAAUCUGCAGGAAGGUAGAUCUCCAGGAGCAGGGUUGGUCACCCCAACCACAACGGGUGCUGGGAACUGAAAUGCAGUGCCAUUUCUGUUACCUUUGUGAGUUGUUGUUGUUGUUGUUUUUACCUAACCUCCACCAGAAUGUGGUGGAGUGGUAAGUUGAAAUGAAAUGAAUACUGAAUUGAAGCUGACUACACCACCCUGAUCACACUGAAUUAACACAGGUUCUUGGUGUAAGGAACAGGCAUGAGACGUGAAUAACAUUAUUUUCCUUAAGUAUGCAAAAUAAGAAUCUCUGUAAAAUGAUUAAAUAUGCAAAUAUGCACAGAGUGCGAAAAGAAGAAAUUCCUCUGUUGUACAGUACGUGUGGCGAGAGCUUCAGCACAUGAACAGAUUCAUGCAGAAGUCAAGUCCUAAUGCAAUGUCCUCAUUCUCAUUCAUUGGUGAAAAUCUCUUUUUAUAUUGCAGCAUUUCUUGCUGGAAUUUCUUACUAUUAAAAAGAAAGAAAGGCAUUCAAAAUAAAACAUUGGGCAA